AUGGUGGCCGAACGAAACGACAACAAACGUUUAACAGUAUCAAUUAUCACUUCAAUGAUACUUUUAAACAAUGACGAAAGUGAUAGCUCGAUAUCGAGCGAGAGUGAAAAUGAUGAUCACCAUGAUAUUUGCAUAAGAGAUAUGCAAAUAUUAUAUUCUAUACUAAUGGCGAAUAAAGUACGAGGGAAAAUGAUUGCAACAGAAAAAAUUACCGAUUACGUUGAACGCGUAAUUCCCAAUUACUCAAACAAUACAUUUAAACAGCAUUUCAGGGUGCUUCCGGCAUCAUUUGAAGUAAUUUUAAUACUGAUCGGACCAGCGCUAAACGCGACAGAUACCGCAAGUAGCAGAAAACCUAUUUCAGCAGAAAAACAAUUGCUUAUUGCUUUGUGCUUUAUGGCUACUUCUGAUUCGUAUAGAUCCAUUUGUGUUAAAUUUGGUGUGGGCAAAGCAACGGCAUUUAGAAGCGUAAGACACGUUACUUAUGCAUUACAUUGCAUCGCACCUCGAUUCAUCCAAUGGCCUGCCGAGGUUGCCGAUAAUAUAAUUGAUGAAUUUGCAAGAGUUUGUGGUUUCCCUGGUGUAAUCGGCGCCAUAGAUGGAACACAUAUUAAGAUUCGAGCUCCACCAACAGAUUCAGCUUCGUACACCCAAGGACUUUGA